AAGAAACCGCAAAUUCUGCUAGGUGCCAGCCUUGUUCUCCAAUCCUUCAUACAAGGAAUACAUAUUAUACUUUAGCACCAACCAAAAUAUUUUAAGUAAUUUUACCUCUACGUUUGCUUCUAAGCUAACCGCCGAAUCUCCACUUCUGAUUUAAUACCAAACGUAACAACAUUACAUCAUUUCAAUACUUAUAUAUAAAGGGUUUUCUCAAAAACCAUUCUCUAACCAUAAAUCAACCACUACCCAUCAUCCUUAAACUUACAAAGCUUCAAUCUUUCUUCUCUCUAAUGGAAGAAGUUCUUCAAGAUCAAACCUUUAUCAUUAAAGGUAAACGCAGCAAACGUUCAAGAUCACUUUCUUCUCCAUUCACCUUACCCAUAGUAGAUUCAUCCAUCACUGAGGAGGAAGAAAGUUCUCUUUUUCAAAUGGAUCAUCAAUUUUCAAAUAAUCUCCCACCAUCAGUUUCAGAAGAAGAACAAGACAUGGCUAAUUGUUUGAUUCUUCUAGCUCAAGGCCAAACCAAAGAUCAGAAUUCAAUCAACUUCCCUUGUAGAACUUGCGAUCGAUCUUUCCCUUCUUUUCAAGCACUCGGCGGCCAUCGAGCUAGUCACAAGAAACCAAAACCAACUCCAACCCUGUCGCUGUCGGCAUCGCCGGAGAUUAUUUCUCCGGCGACUGAUAAUCAGUUAACCAUGUUGGAAAACGACCGGACGGCUCUUACCCUCCAAAUUCCUUUCAUUGUCAAAUCGAAGGUUCAUGAGUGUUCUGUUUGUAGGGCGGAGUUCUCGUCGGGGCAAGCUCUCGGCGGCCAUAUGCGACGACACCGACCAAUUGUACCGUUACAGUUACCGUUACCGCCGGCGGCUGUCGAAAAGAGGAGGAAUUUACAUUAUUUAGAUCUUAAUCUUCCUGCUCCGGAAGAUGAUUGUAGAGAUUUUUCGAAGUUUCCAUUUGGGUCUAAAGGAGGAAAGGUUAUUGUCUUCUCUGGUGGUUCACAUAUGGUUGAUUGCCAUUAUUGAUGAUAUAUGAGAUAGAGAAGGAUUUGAAUUUAUUUUAGUAGCUAAUAAUUUCUUAUUAUUUGUAAAUGCUUUAUUUUUAAUGUUCUUUCAUAAUUUGUUAAUAUAAUAUUCUUUCUU